UUCCAAACCUAUCAUUCGUUUUUUACCAGGAAAAUUUAGUCUCCAACCUGCUGCCACUCAAAAUCGAUUUUGUUAAGGUGGGUCCGAUAAAAAGGCUGUAUUGCGUCACCAAGUGGCAAAAAUCCGGCAUAAAAUUCGCCAUCUAGGGACAGGCAGGCAAGAGAUGGAAGGCAUUUAGUAGAGAUUCAGAGCAGAGAGGAGCAGAGAAAUGUCGAAGCACAAUAUGCAGUACAAAAAUCUGGGUCGCACAGGACUGAAGGUGUCCCAGCUAUCCUAUGGUGCGUGGGUGAGCUUCGGCAAUCAGCUGGAUGUGAAAGAAGCAAAAAGCCUUCUUCAGUGCUGCAGAGACCAUGGCGUCAAUUUCUUUGACAAUGCAGAAGUGUACGCUAAUGGUAGGGCGGAAGAAAUCAUGGGGCAGGCCAUCCGUGAGCUAGGCUGGAAGCGAUCGGACCUGGUCAUAUCGACUAAGCUCUUCUGGGGAGGUCCCGGCCCUAAUGAUAAGGGGCUUUCUCGGAAGCAUAUUAUUGAAGGCACCAAGGCUUCUCUCAAGCGCCUCGAUAUGGAGUAUGUGGAUGUCCUAUACUGUCACAGGCCUGAUGCCUCCACACCCAUUGAGGAGACCGUCAGGGCCAUGAAUUAUGUCAUUGAUCAUGGCUGGGCUUUCUACUGGGGCACCAGCGAAUGGAGUGCCCAGCAGAUCACUGAAGCCUGGGAGAUUGCCAAGAGACUUGACAUGGUUGGCCCUUGUGUCGAGCAGCCUGAGUACAAUCUUCUCUCCAGGCACAAGGUUGAAGUUGAAUACUCACCACUUUAUAAUAACUAUGGUUUGGGUUUGACUACAUGGAGUCCUCUUGCAUCUGGAGUGUUGACUGGAAAGUACACUAAAGGGAGUAUUCCUCAAGACAGCCGAUUUGCAUUGGAUAAUUACAAGAGUCUAGCAUCCAGGUCAUUAGUUGACGAUGUAUUAAAGAAAGUAGAAGGACUGAAACCAAUUGCAACUGAAUUGAACGUGCCUUUAUCACAACUUGCUAUUGCCUGGUGUGCAUCAAAUCCAAAUGUCAGCACUGUUAUUACAGGUGCAACAAAGGAAAGUCAGAUUCAAGAGAACAUGAAAGCGUUGGAUGUAAUUCCAUUGUUGACUCCAGCGAUCAUGGAGCGAAUAGAGUCUGUAAUUCAAAGCAAACCAAAGCGCCCAGAAUCAUAUAGGUAGCUUAGUACUUAAUUUGAUCUAUUUGAUGUAAUAGAUGCUGGUGACCUCUAUGUUAGAAUCUAUCACCAGCGGUUAUGGAGAGGUUGGAGGCUGUAGUUCAGAGCAAUCAGAAGCAACCAGAAUCAUUUAGGUAGCAUAAUAUUUAUUUCGGUCUAUUUAAUGUAAUAGAUGUUGGGACCUCUAUGUUAGAAUUUAUUUUUAAGCAUGCGAUUCUCAUUUAAUCGUAAACACUGGUAUUUCCCCAUAUAGUUGCAUUGUUCAGUGACAAGAGUGGGCACCACAAAAACAUAUUUGACAUAAUUUUAAAUUUAUGUUUAAAAUA